AUUCGGAAGGCUUCAGAUUUCAACGAUCCGACUUCGCGACUCGGGCAGCUUCCUUGUCUUUCCAGCUCUUGACUGCGAUAUCAUCUUUCUCUUCGACUCAUUACUCUCAACCAAAACUACCGUCCUGAACAUUUGGUCCCCGACCAUCUUUCUUUUCAUUCAUCCACGGGAAACAACGUAAACCCACCCACCCUACUUUGUUCUGAAGACUUCGUCGGGCUGGUGCUUUGCGCCUUGUCACUCCAAACGCACCAAGCAUCUUUCAACCAAUCCAUUCUGGAUAUCUUCUGAUCGUAGAGAUCAUGCGACGCUGCCUCUCAAUUACUUCAACAACAGUCAAUCCGAAUUCCUGAAGCCGAGGCCGUCUUCGCGUCUGUAUCAAUACUAACGGGGCAUGACAUGACCUUGACAAGAGGUCAAAAUGGCUGGCGACAAGAUGCAGUUGGAGGACUGGCUGGACGACCUAUGCGUUCGCUUCAUCAUUAACCUCCCCGAAGAAGAUCUAUCGUCCGUUGCGCGUAUCUGCUUCCAGGUUGAAGAGGCACAAUGGUUCUACGAAGAUUUUAUUCGCCCGCUCGAUCCAUCUUUACCGUCCAUGACGCUUCGAAGCUUUAGUCUCCGAAUCUUUCAACACUGCCCUCUGCUUGCACCGUUCUCCGUCGAGAAUCACACAAAGGCGUUUGAAGAGUUUCUCCAGUAUAAGACGAGAGUACCUGUCAGAGGUGCCAUUCUUCUUAACGAGGAAAUGGACUCAACUGUUCUCGUCAAAGGAUGGAAGAAGGGCGCCAACUGGAGCUUCCCUCGAGGCAAGAUCAACAAGGAUGAAGACGACUUGGAAUGCGCGAUCCGAGAGGUUUAUGAGGAGACGGGCUACGACCUCAAAGCUGCUGGCUUGGUCCCGGUGGAUAGAAACGUCAAGUACAUCGAGAUCACGAUGCGAGAGCAGCAGAUGAGACUCUAUGUUUUCCGCAACGUUCCCAUGGACACCCAUUUCGAGCCCCGCACGCGGAAGGAGAUCAGCAAGAUCCAGUGGUAUAAGCUUUCAGAACUUCCUGCCUUUCGGAAGAGGGGCAACAAUAAUAGUCAGAAUGACGCGGUUGCCGCAAGUAACGCCAACAAAUUCUACAUGGUUGCCCCUUUCCUGGUGCCCUUGAAGAAAUGGGUCAUGCAGCAGAAGAAAGACGAGGCCAAAGCGAACCAGGGAGUUCAGUUUCAACCGCAAAAUCUGUACGAAGAGCCCGUCACCGAGGAUGACGUUUGGACUCAGGCACAGCCGCCUUCGAAAACGCCGCAGCGAACUCCAGCCCUGGACACUCUUGAAGGUGCCACAAAAGAAUUGCAACGUCUUCUUAAGGUGCAGCCGGCCACGCAAAGUCUCCAAAUGUCGAGUCAUUCGCAGGCCAAUCGCGAUAGGGGCGCUUCAUUGUUGGCGCUUCUUCAGGCAAGCACUGCAAAAGCUUCUCAGGCCCUAGCACCGUCUGUCCUGCAUGGUCUUGGGGACCAGACAACGGGUGGGAUCCCGCGGCAACUGGCGCAGUAUCAACAACACCACCCUCAACAAUGGGCUCCUUCGUCAAAUAACCAAGCUCCCGAGCAGUUGUCUUCGGCACUCCCCGGCCGACAACAGUCCUGGAAUCCCCAGAACAGUAUAGCGAACGCAGCAGCCUCACAUGAACACGGGCAACCAAUUCCUCUGAUCUCUCCACAAGCGCAAAUCCACCCAACCUUAAGGCACCCGCAGCCUCUUCCUCCACAUGUCCUAAUCAACAGUGGUAACUUCCCGAAUACACCGCCCGUGCCGAAAGAAGCCACGAGCCAAGGGUUCCAGAUUCUUAGCCGCCAGCACCCUGGCGUGCCUUACGCCCAGAACCCCAACAUGCCCGGCGGUAGACCACAGCCUCGUCAGCUUUCGAAUCAAUCCAUGGCGCUUCUGGACGUGUUCAAGUCCGGUUCCUCGAAGACAUCGGAUCCAUCGCGGCAGCCGAACCCUCUGCAGCUACGAGCUUCUCCUAGCGCUGCCCCGAUUUCUCCUGGAUCCAUCCCCGUUAACCAGGCGACUCCAACGCAACAGCAUUAUGGUCCGCAAGGUGCUCUUCAGCAGGUCAUCCCUCCUCAUCCUCUUCCUCCUGUUCCCCCUUCGCAGGGUACGGUCGCGCCAGCUCGUGGUCACCCUACGUCGGAACAACAUCGGUCGGCGUUGCUACAGAUGUUUAAGAAAACCGAACCCAGCAUUUCCCCGAUUAGCCAGCAGUCCACUCCAACGCAACAGACAACCGCACCACCGACUAGCAAGGAAGCCUUUUAUCCUGCUGCAGACGGAGGUCCAGCCAUAGUGCCUCGUCAGCAACAGACCCUUGCGUCCCAUGCCACCUCCGACUUGGGCGGCACCGUGUCUCCAAAGACGUCAAAGAACACCGCGAUGGUGAACCCGACCAUUUCACAUCCCUACAGGAUCCUUCAGCGCACCGGAAGCGCCGGCAGACAUGCUGUCUCGCGUCCUCCGCCACUAGACCCGGCUUCCGUGGCCCCGCACAAUACGGCCGGCCAGAACAAACCGUCCAGUCUAGCAAGCCCGCCUGCGACGUCUUCAUUCCCGGCUCCGUCCGCUACGUUCACUAAACAGCCACUAUCUAGUGAACAGAGACAAAAGCUACUCUCUCUCUUCGGAAAGCCGCAAUCGACCAGCCCCGGCGUUCCCCCUGACAACAGCAAGGGCAAGGCCGUCGAUGCCGGUCCGUAUAGCGUCAGCCCCAGGCCAGGGGCGGCUGCAGGGACUCCACCUGUCGGUCAGGCAUUGCCGGGCGGUGCAACCGAACAGAGUCGCGGAAGCCAGCCGCCCAUAUCGCCCGCCGACCGCAGUUUCUUACUCAGCUAUCUAGCCUCAGCGACCGGCGGUGUCAAGUAAGUCGUCCAGGAAGUGCCAAAGUUCAGGUCUCUCCAUUAUAUUCAAUUUGUAACCGCGGGAGAGAUCACGCAGUGAUGGGCUCGGAGUUUUGUUUUGCUUGGGAUUGUAAAGUGUUGAUGACUGAGGUGGGACAAGGGGAAUCUGAUGUAGCGGCUCUAUAUUUACGGCGCUUCGUGGAGAAGCAUCUUGGCUUAGUCAAUUUUGAUUUUAUGAUUUUACCCAGA